ACACAAAGCAAGUAACUAGAUAGAUAAUUCACUUUAAAGUGAAGACAAGUUUUAAUGAUAGGCUACUGUAAAGUUUAGGUUAAGAUUACUGUUAGGGUACGGGUUAGGUUAAGGCAAAUCACAACUUAUGCGAAAGUGAAAGAAAUCAAUGUAAAGUCAAUGUAAUGUCCUCUGAAGUCAUGGAGACGUGGUUGUGUGUUGGAUUGUGUCAAAGGCAAAUAUUCGUUGUUUUUGGGCUGCUUGUGCAGUUUAAGUAAAACUUCAUACAUGUCUAUGAUCUCUAAUCUGACUUUGAUGUGUAUCGCUAACUAAUCUUUGAUAAUCAAAACCUCCUUCCCCGGGAUUUCUUCUGAGCCCCUGACGUUGUUUUGGGCUGCACCUUUACGUCCGGCAUGUUUUGCCACGUCAGGCAUGCGACCGCUCGUCGUCACCACGUCAGGCGUGAGCAGCAACAGCAGCAGAAGGCAACACCCACGCUGUUCCCCCGACCAUGUAGCCCAGCCUCACUCAGAACCAGCAGCUCACCGGGCUGUCAUCGUGCGUCCUCCAGUCUGUGGGAGCCCCGCUGCGCCGUGCCUCUCUCCUCCCUGUGCUCCUGUCACCGCCAAGGUCUUGGAAUGCUGCUGGACGAGACUCCGCUCUUUGAGCCCUCUCUGCUUAAGGAGCUCGACUGGAGCUGCAACACCGUGUCCUUCUCUCCACCCAUCUCUCCGUCCAGCCCCGGAGAAGGCCUGGUGCUGAGGCCGCUCUGUAUGGCCGACUUCAAUAGAGGAUUCUUCAAGGUUUUAUCUCAACUCACGCAGACAGGCGAUGUCACACCCGAGCAAUUCACAAAAAAGUUUGAGCAUAUGAAGAAGACGGGAGACUACUUUGUGAUUGUGGUGGAGGACACAAAUCUGGGACAGAUUGUUGCUACGGCCACAUUGAUCACAGAACACAAAUUCAUCCACUCCUGUGCUAAGAGAGGCCGGGUGGAGGAGGUAGUCGUUAGUGACGGUUGCAGAGGGAAGCAGCUGGGCAAACUGUUAGUUUCAACUCUUACUCUUCUCAGCAAAAACCUGAAUUGCUACAAAAUCACAUUGGAAUGUGCACCCAAAAAUGUGGCUUUUUACCAAAAGUUUGGCUAUGGCGCAUCAGAGGAGACCUACAUGCAGUGUCGAUUCUCUGACUGAGGACAGCAGCAGCUUUGAGAACAAUUUGGGAGAAAUGGACCAUAUCUUUAUAAAUGCAGGGAUUUAAGUUCUAUGUUUUUGCGAUUGAUUUACUCCAAGCAGGAUUCUAGAGAAAGGGGUCUUGUCUGCAGGGCUCCUCUUUGCGUGCACUUCGUCUCCUGACAGUGGAGCUGACCUGAGAGCAGAGCCUGCGCCAGAAGUGACCCCACAGAGGAGCCCUGCAGGCAGACAUGCAGAGAGGCCCCGGAUGAGAUCAGUGUAGAUCUGAAGGAGGAAUUUGCGAAGGGGAUGGGGGGUGUGACACAGUGAGCUCGCCUGGCAGCUGUAUGAGACCAUUAGAUGUAGAAUUUGAAGGGAAAACAGGCAGUUAAUGAGCGAAAUGCAAAUAUUCAUGUAGGCUAAGAGUGUCACUAGUCUUCUUUAAAAAAAAAAAAAGGAAAACAUAGGGCAGUGCACUAGGGGGGGGGGAAAUGGUCACCUUUUUUUUUUUUUUGCUUCAAGCCCUGUACACAAACCGACAUCAGAACUUGACAAUGUCUUAAGAACUGGCAGAUACAUGAAUGUAUGUUAAAGCCCUCUCUGCUCAGUUCAACAUCAUCCUGCGCCCCUUUGGUAACCACGGUAACCUGACAUCAUCUUCCUCAUCAUCUGCCAGUUACUGUAAAUGUGAUGUCCUCUCGUGUUACGCUGCUGAGUAAAUGACAGAGAACUUUCAAAUAUCUGUGGCUACCAUGAAACUGGUAGUUAACGCGCUCGGGACAGGAAGAAGGCACCAGAUGAACAAAAGAAUUAAGAGUUUACAACAGUUUCUCAACAACACUACAAAACCAAACAUGCUUGAAGGAUCAGGAUUCAGCAAACAAUCUCUGUUGUAUUGAUCAUAAAGGGCGAGUCACCAAAGAACAGCAACUUUUUCCUAAGAGAACAGGUUCUACUUGAGUUUCAUUCUUCAGUCCUCUCUGCACAGAAGACUUUUCUUUCUCUGACAGUUGUGUUACUGGAUAAUUAUGAAGGUUCAAAUACAUAAAGCAUCAACUGAACAACAAAAGUUUUGUGAGGCAAUAGAAAUGAAGUAAUAGGUUUUUACAGUUUUGUAUCUGGUUGAUAUUCCCAAUCAGAAGAGAUGAGAAAUGGGUAACAAUGAUUUUUGUAAGCAAACCUUUAUUUAAGCUUUUUGUAGUUAAGAUUUAUAACUAUGCUGUUAUUCUGGAGAACAGGGGAAGAUAUUUUAUGUAAUUUAUUUCCAAGUAUGUAAUUGCCAAAAUAAAAUAUUCUGAUCUACA